GCUUGAAAUUAAUUUAACUUAAGCAGAAUAAACUUUUGACUUACCGGCAAAAACAAUCGUAAAUGCACAUAACAAAACAAAUUUGUGGCGAUUGCACGAUUAUGCACUUGUAAAUCGAUAUUCAAUUUAUUUUAUUAAGUAUGCGAAUAGGCGCAAGUAUCGUCGUUAUUAGGUCAAAAAGAUAGGUAUUUGAAAUUAUUAUGUAGCGUAGUCUUAUUAAGUUAUAUUCAAUGAAAGAAUUUAAAACGUUAGUUUAAAGAGGAUUGUUAAGGUUAGUCAGUGCCCGAGUGGAUUGUUAAAUCUCGCAUUUAUUAGAUAGGAAAUAAAGAUGUCAUGGUGUGAACAUAAAUGGAGGGUUUUAUUUGCCUCAUUGUUGGCAUGUAGUGUCUUAAUCACAUCUACAGUUUACAGAUCAUAUUCCAGCCAGUCCAUUGAAAUAGCAGUUAGGCAAGAUAAUAAACAGCCAAUAGUAUAUCAGCCGGAUACUGAUAACGUUACAAAACAUCUAACGCAAGAAAUAGAUCCCACAAUAUUUUCUGAUCCAAAAACCAAGGACAAGGUAACUUCACUCGCAAAAAUUAUUUAUAGCGCCAAAAAGCACGUGCGAGGAUCAAAGACAUCAGACUACCUGAAGCAAGCCAUUCUUGUCAUGGAUAGUAUACUGAAAGACUUGAAAGUUAACACUGCAGAUCUUUAUGAAAGACAAAGUGUAAAAUUUUACAAAGUUUGCGCAGAAACUUAAAAGG